UUACACUAUAUUCACAAUUCACCAAAUGGUAGGCAGAGGUAGAUUUGAGUAUGUAAGCACCGCAACAAUGUUUCUUGUAAUUCUACUAUCCUUGGAUGGAAUAUUAAUGACACAAGUGAACUCACAGUCACCAAGCAUUUCGGCUCUUUUUAUUUUUGGAGAUUCACUAGUCGAUGUUGGAAACAAUAACUUCCUAAACACCAUGGCAAAGGCAAAUUUCUUUCCUUAUGGAAUCGACUUUAGUAACGGUGCUACUGGACGAUUUUCUAAUGGAAAAUCCCCCAUCGAUUUCAUUGGAGAGUUUUUAGGUGUUCCUUCUCCUCCUCCAUUUGCAGACCCCUCGUCGGUUGGAUCCAGAAUACUCAAUGGAGUCAACUUUGCAUCAGCAUCUGGUGGCAUUCUUGAUGAGUCUGGGCAACAUUAUGGUGAUCGGUAUAGCUUGAGUCAGCAAGUCAUGAACUUCAAUAACACAUUGAAUAAGUACAAGACAAUGAUGAAUGCAACUGCAUUAAGUCAAUACUUAGCCAAAUCUAUAACUAUUAUGGUGAGUGGAAACAAUGACUACAUCAACAACUACCUCCUUCCUGAAUUAUACCGCACAAGUUCCAAUUAUACGGCGCAAGAAUUUGGCAAUCUUCUUGUUAGCAAAUAUAAACAACAAAUUAUGGCGCUAUAUAACUUAGGAUUGAGAAAGUUCUUCUUAGCAGGAAUUGCACCACUCGGCUGCACCCCUAAUCAGAAAGCUAGGGGGUUAGCACCACCAAGAAGGUGUGUGGAGUUAGUAAAUCAGAUGGUUAGAUUCUUCAAUGAAGGGCUCAGAUCAAUGGUGGACCAACUGAGCAAAAAUCAUGCCGAUGCAAUAUUUUCAUAUGGUAACUCUUAUCGUGUCUUUGAGGAUAUUCUAAACAACCCUGCUGCCUAUUCGCUAAGUUUUGUUGAUAGAGCAUGCUGCGGCGUUGGAAUAUACCGUGGCCAACUAUCAUGCCUCCCUUAUCAAUUGCCAUGUGCAUUCAGAAGCCAAUAUAUCUUUUGGGAUGCUUUCCACCCAACACAAUCUGUAAUAAAUGUAUUUUCUUGGAGAGCUGUUAAUGGCCCGCCUGAUGAUUGCUAUCCAAUAAAUAUCAAGCAAAUGGCUCUCCGUUAA